UGUGUCAACUAUUUCAAAAGCAGACAAGCGAACACGAGCCGUCGACGAGCAGACGUGAAAACAGCUUAAGCCAAUCAAGCUUCGAUUCUAAUUGUAAUACAAUUUUUUGAGAUAAUUAUACAUAUUUGGUUAGACAUUGUUGUGCUAUCAGUUUACCAGUUUAUAAGUGACAGAAUGUGUUAACAAGGACUUCUAUCAAGCCAGAUUCGUGUUCCUUUACCAGAUAAAGUACAGCAUCUGAAUUAGCUGUCGCAGAGGCCUCUUCUCAUCGGGAGCCCGUGGCAAUUUGCCCGAUUGUCACCCUGUGGAUCCGCCACUGGAACCAGUUAAGAAACAAACACCUAUAACAUUGUCACUGAAUUUCAGACGUUUGGGGUCACAUUGAGAUGGAGGAGAAGUCGCCGUCGGACUUGGCGGUGGGCGUGAAGAUGAAGCAGCCGGUGCGUAGCAACCGCACGUCCUGCCAGAACUGCUCGGAGUACCACAUGCGCGCGCCGGUGCAGCGCUCCUGCUCCUGCUUCGGCCAGGACCCCAACUGCAUCCUGCUCUCGUUCGCGGCGCUCACGAUACUCAUACUGCUCACCAUGAUCGGAUUCUUCAUAUACAUGAUGGCUACGAGUUCUAAGGAAUCGACCACGCCUAAACCGGAAGAGGGCGCGGCGGGAGGCGGCGACGAGGCUCCGCCGACUCCCGAGGAGGAGGGUCGCAUAUUGCGAACAGAUGUAGAGAAUUAUGACUAUGAUCAGAAUCAGAUUCAGAAUCAGAAUCAAAUUCAGAAUCAGAAUCAGAUUCCGAAUCAGAAUAUGACUUCUGAGUAAGCCCUACAACUGCACAGAAAAAUACCCAAUUGCCUUAAAUAAACACUUGAA